AUGAAAUUAAUUGUGGUAAAAUAUUGGUAAAAAGAUCAGCUUCUACAUUAUAUUAUUAAAAUUUUCCAUUAAGAUCAAUUUAUAUUUCUUUUCUUGUUAUUAAAUUUAAAUAAUCAUCAAUUUAAAAAAGUUGUAAAUAAUUUGAUAUAGAUAGCAAUUCUUAUGCUUAAAAAUAUAUGUAGAGGUUUUCAGGAUAGUCAACAUUAAUAAAUCUUAAGAAUGAUUGAUAUUACAAUAGAUUUAAGGUUUCAACAACAAAAGAACUUUCACCAGAAACUAAAGAAAUAACACAAAUUAAUAUUGCUCCAAUCAUGA